AUGGCGUUAUUUACGUUUCGAGAGAAUCAGAUGAAGGCGUUACGGCGAAGCUAUACUUCAACAAGCCGGCGGAAAUCACCGUGGUCUCGCCGGAAAAGGAAAUGGCCUUUGACGCCGCAUCAAUGGAGGAGUUUAUUCACACCGGAGGGUAAACUCCGUGACGGUGGCGUUGGAUUUCUGAAGAAAGUUAGAAGCAGAGUGAGUCUUUUGAACAAACAACCAUAUAUCUAUGAUCUGAACAGUACUAGUGAAGAAAGGGAAGCUGUUAAAACUCAAAAAAGGAAGGAGUACAAUAAACUACAGAGACAGUGCCAGAUGCUUCUCAAGCGUGGCAACAGAAUUACCGAUAAUCUUGAGGAGGAACUUCCUUCUGAGGAGGAGGCAAACGAUCAGUGUGUUCGAUUCAUGGAUGAUUAUAAGACACCCGGACAACAGUUGACGAAUCAAGAAGUGGUCUCUGCUGUGAACACUGAUUCUUCCGACACAGACUCUUGCGAAGACAAUGACAGUGACGAUGUCCAGCUACUCUCAUCUUUCGAAUACUCCGAUGAGAAAAAACCCGAGGAGGAUAAUAAUAGUAACUCUGAAGAAAAUAUUUCCACUCUUGCAUCCGAGAUCCAAGUAGAAGUCGCUGUACACGAAGACUUCUCCACGUGGCAACGUAUCAUCCGGCUUGAUGCUCUGCGUGCGGAUUCAGACUGGGCAACUUACUCUCCAUCUUCAACUGCGAUAACAGAAACCAAAGCUCGCUGUUUAGCUGAGUCAGUGGGGUUGAAAGACUACGAACACUUGCAAAGCUGCAGGCUUUACCACGCCGCGAGGCUCGUAGCCAUUCUUGAAGCAUAUGCUCUGUAUGAUCCAGAGAUAGGCUACUGCCAAGGGAUGAGCGACCUGUUAUCUCCCAUCCUCGCCGUGAUCUCGGAGGAUCACGAGGCUUUCUGGUGCUUUGUUGGUUUCAUGAAGAAAGCGAGGCAUAACUUCAGGCUAGACGAGGCAGGGAUACAGAGACAGCUUGGUAUGGUGUCAAAGAUCAUCAAAUCCAAAGACUCUCAGCUUUACAAACACUUGGAGAAUCUCCAAGCGGAGGAUUGUAGCUUCGUUUACAGGAUGGUUCUCGUGAUGUUCAGGAGGGAGCUGAGUUUCGAGCAGACGCUUUGUCUCUGGGAAGUGAUGUGGGCUGAUCAAGCCGCCAUUAGAGCUGGGGUCGGGAAGUCGCCGUGGAGCAGGAUCAGGCAGCAAGCGCCUCCGACGGAUGAUCUGUUGCUCUACGCGAUCGCUGCGUUGGUGCUGCGUAGGAAGCUGAUCAUACAGAAGUACAGUAGUAUGGAUGAGAUUGUGGAAGAGUGUAAUAGCAUGGCUGGUCAGCUUGAUGUCUGGAAGCUUCUUGAUGAUGCGCAUCACCUUGUCGUCACACUCCAUGACAAGAUUGAAACUCUUUCUCAGUCUCUGAGCAUUUGA